AUCGUUAAGUCAACAAUUCCUUAAACACACAAAUACAGUUAUUUGUUUAAAGAAAUUUCAAAACUAUUCUUUAAUAAAAUGAAGUUGAUUUGCCUUUUUGUUUUAAUUGCUGCUCUUUAUGAGGUACAUGCUGGCACUAAGCGUAUGUGCGGCCCUAUGUUGGUGCAAGUCUUAGAAUCGGUUUGCACUAAUGGUUACAACUCCAUGAUCACCAAGAAAUCAGGUAAUAUUUCCCUUCACAACAAUGAAUUGGAUAUUAUGGAUAUGUACAAUGAUAUUGAGGAUGAUGCACCCGUCCAUUCCAAAACCUCAUUUUUGGAUGAUCUGCUAAUGGGUGGUGAUCAUGUCAACACCUUUGCCAAGACCAGAAGACGCCGCAAUCUUUUGGGAAUUUAUGAUGAAUGCUGCGUUAAGGGCUGUAACUUUGCCGAAUUAACAUCAUAUUUUUUGGUGGUAUCUUCAACUACUAAUGGAGAUCUGGUUCUGCGUUUAUGUGGCCAGGCUUUAAAUGAAGUCUUGGGGAUUGUAUGCGAUGGAAAUUUAAAUGGUUUGCCGGUUAAAAAAUUUGAUCCAGCAGUGGCUUCCAUUAACCAGCCUAAUAACUUUCUUUUAAGUGACAACGAUUGUAAGUUUAUUAAUAAGUUAACAAUUACACGUCGUCGCCGUUAUAAUAUGGUGGGCAUAUACGACGAAUGUUGCAGAACCAAAGGAUGUACAGUGAAAGAAUUGCAGUCUUAUUGCCUUUAG